UAAAGCAGAAAUUUCAGUGUUGAACAUUUUAUUCCUGGGUAUGCAAAAGAGAAAGCAUUCGUCGCUUUGAGAUCUGAAGCUUCUGGAAAUUGUUUAUACAGUUCAGCAUCCUUGUGUUUGGGAAGUAACAAUAUGUUGGUGGACUUGCUACGACUUCUGGUAUCGUUGGAACUUUUUCUCUUCCCAAAUUUUUAUUCCAAUCAUCCUCUAUUUUCUUCCAUCUUUCAAGAGCAGAGAGGUUCUUUCAGUUCUCUGAAAAAUAUUCUAUUUUUCUGUGUUUCCCAUGUUGCUUGUGACAGCAAUAAAGAGGGGGAAGAGCUUAUAAAAGAGGAAGCUGUCUUAAAUUUAAAUGACAAAAACUGGUCAAGUUUCCUUUGCCUUUUAGCUUUGUCCUCAGUUACAGGGAGAAUUAUAUUCUCAUAUUACCCUGAUAUUGGAGAGGAAAAGUUUAAGGUCUGUAUGAACCAAAAAAUAAUUCCCGUAAGCAUGUUUCAAUGAAGGCUGAUCUACACAUAAUGUUUUUUUAUGAAGGCCUUAUGUUAUCUUCAAAAUUUCAGUCCAACCAUUUCGUGCCUCUCGUUCAUUCUUCUUUAAAACGAAAGACUGAUCAAUCACUUAAAUUAUGUUUUCCUAAAAAAGUAUUUACUGACGGUAAUAUGUGUGUAGGUGGUAAUUUACAGACAAAACUUAAUUUCUUAACAAAACCUAUAGUUAAAACAUAUGAAUCACCUGCUAUAACUUCCAGUAUUAGCACAAUUUCCAAAAAUUGUUCCACUGUUGAUAGUACAGAACCUGAAAUGGUUUAUGUUUGUGAAAAUGAUGUUGGAUCUUUUCGAAAAAAAGUUGCUAAAUUAAAGGAAAGUGAUAUUCGUAAACUUAUUACAAAUUUAUUCAUUCCAGAUAACACUUACAAUUUCCCUGUCAGUAACAGGAAAUUUCAGUAUAAAUGGCUUUCUGAUUUUUCAUGGCUGGCAUAUUCGCCUACUAUGGAUGGUGCAUUUUGUCUUCCUUGUGUCCUAUUUGGAGACAGAUUUCCCAGUAAAUCUUAUAAGGUCACCAAACUUUUUUCUGAACCUCAAAAACAUUGGCCAGAUGCAGUACCUUCUUUUAAACGUCAUUGUUCGUCUAAGCAGGGUUUACAUGUAAAUACUUCUCUUCUCUUCAAUUCUUUUAUUGAUAAUAUGUCUGGGGCAAGGCCAUCAAUUGACACAUUGAUUGACCAAAAUUUACAGAAAAGUAUUAACGAUAACAGGCAAAAACUGAUUCCAAUCAUUGAUACAAUUAUUUUGUGUGGGCGAAUUGGCAUAGCUUUGCGUGGCCACAGAGAUGGUCCUGAUUCACAACCAAAAAUAGGGGAAUACUCGCAAGGGGGGGCUGGAAAUUUUCGUGAACUUUUAAACUUUAGGGUACGUGCAGGAGACAAUGUAUUAAAAGAACAUUUACAAUCUGCCAGUAAGAAUGCUACAUACAUCUCGAAAACGUCUCAAAAUGCUUUGAUAUCAUGUUGUGGUUCAGUGAUAUCUGACACUAUUGUCAACGAGAUUAAAAGAAAUAAGUUUUUUUCCAUAAUUGCAGAUGAGGCAGCUGAUUGUUCUAAUAAGGAACAAAUGUCUCUGGUUUUACGUUUUGUGGACAGCAGUUGUGAUAUUAGGGAGGAUUUUAUAAGAUAUAUUUAUUGUGAGGAAGGGUUAGCAGGAAAAGAUUUAGCCUCAGUUCUGCUAAAAUGUGUUUCCAAAGAUUUAUCUUUGGAUAUUUUAAAUUGUCGUGGGCAAGGAUAUGAUGGGGCAGGGUCUGUUUCUGGACAUAUAAAUGGACUGUCAGCUCACAUUUUAAGAAUAAAUAGGAAGGCUAUAUACACUCACUGUCACAGCCAUCGUUUAAAUUUAAGUGUUUGUGGCUCAUGCUCCAUCCAAUCUGUUAAAAAUACCCUAGAAAGAGUAAAGGAAUUGUCCUAUUUUUUCAACCUGUCUCAAGUUAGGCAACAGCUCCUAGAGGCAAAUAUUUUACGACAUUGUCCUGAAGCUAAAAAGAAAAAGUUAAUUGAUGUUUGUCGGACUAGAUGGAUUGAACGGAUAAUUGGCUUAGAUAUUUUUCAGGAAUUAUUUGUUGCAAUUGUAUACACUUUGGAGGACAUGAGUAUGAAUCUUGAUAAGAAAUGUAACCGUGAUACUUCUACAAAAGCUACCUCCCUUCUGCAUCUUGUUACUAAUUUUGAUUUUAUUGUUUCACUAGUUGUAACACGGUCAGUAAUGGACUUAUUGUUGCCAGUUACAAAGAUUUUACAAGGAAAAACUAUUGACCUUUUAUCGAGCUUGCAUCUUAUACAAAGUCUUAAAAAUAUGUCCUUAACUAUAAGAGCUUCUGCAAAUGAUUAUCACAACAAUUGGUACAAAGAGGCUGUUUCCCUAGCGUCUACAGUCCGUGUGCAAGAAAAUAGACCUAGAGUUUGUUCUCGGCAGGUACAUAGAAGUAAUGUAUCAGCUGAUACUAUAUCUAGUUACUACCUGCGCAGCUUAACAAUUCCAAUUCUAGAUCACCUAAGCACUGAACUUAGUAAACGAUUUGAACCUAGUUCCUUAGCAGCUUAUGCUGGUCUUGCAGUAAUUCCAUCCAACAUGAUUUCUCUUCUUUACUUGUGGGAAGAAUAUUGGACUUCGUACAAAUUUGAUGCACCAGAUAAUGUUUCCUCUACACUUAAAUUAUUCAUUUUCCUGGCUUUGAAAAUAUAACUGUGGCCCUAAGAAUUUUAGGCACAUUACCAGUCACCUCAUGUGAAUGUGAAAGGUCCUUUUCUGCACUACGACGAUUAAAAAAUUAUAACCGCAGUACUAUGUCUAACGAUAGACUAAAUGGCUUAGCUCUUCUCCACAUCCAUAAAGAAAUAAACGUUGAUAUAAAUGAAGUUAUAAAUAAAUUUUCCAUUGAUAACAGAAGACUAAAAUUUUAAGACAUGAC